AUAGAAUAAUAUAUUAGUAUAGCAUAUAGGGAAAAGCUGUCACUGAUACCGCGACGUUUAUUUUUUUUUUUUUUUCAACCUUUAAUUAUGGUUAUCAGUAUUUGUUUGAUCUAUUUUACCCAUUGUAUAUCACGAGAUGUCUAACAAACCAUAUAAUCGAAAAGUUAAUAAUUAUCAGACUCAGAAGUUUGAAGUCAGUCAAGCAUAUCUUGAAUUGAGAAGUCGAAUUAUUGAAGAAGAUGAUUCAGAUCAUAAGGCAGAGUACGCAUUUGAUGCUCUACUUGAGUAUGAUGAAAUAGCUUAUGAAUAUAAAGUAUUAAUUACAUAUUUGGAAGGUAAAAGACAGAAAUAUAGUGUGAAAGAAAUAGAAUUAUUAAAUGCUAUGGAAUCAGCCAUGACAAGAAUUGAGAAGAAAUUACCUAUACCCAUGUUAAUAUCAAGAGUUCAAGAAUUAGCAUUAGUAAGACGUAACUUAUUUGAUAAUGCUCAAGAAGCACCUAAAUUACUUAAUUUAUAUGAAAAUACUAUACCAGGAAUUAAAAAAUUCAUUGAACCUACUGAAAUUAUUAAACCAGUUAUAGUGAAACCAAAAGAAAAAGCUUUAACUGCAUUUGUAGAUAGUACUUGGUCACCUAAUCAUGUUAAAAUAGUUCUAGAUUCAGUAUUAAAAUUUAGAACUUUAAAUGAAAGAUGUAAUUAUAUGAAAGAUAUAUUUGAAGAAAAAUUUAGUGUAAAUCUUUCACCUAAAAUGGCUUCUUACUUUUUAUUACAUUAUGGUUUUAGAGAUUCAGGAUGUAAAUUAGAUUUAUAUAAUAAAACUAUGACAGAAGGGUAUGCUUUAAAUAGAAAUAUACCCCUCAGAGAUAGAAUUGAAAGAAUUGCUCAAUAUUUUAAAAGUCAAUUAAAUAUAGAUGUUACAAAAAAUGAUAUUGAACAAGCUUCUAAAUUCAGACGAGUAUUAAUGAAUACUUAUUUUAAAUAUGAAGAACCAGUCGAAAAUUAUGAGAAGGUAUUGAAACAUGCACCAUAUCUAAAUGAAUCAUUGAUCCCCUUAGAGGCAGCUAUAACCAGUAACUAGUAACUAGUAACUAGU